AAAGAAAUUUUGAUGGUGUCGUCUGACCUGUUUCUAAUACCCUAAGGUGAUCAAAAAGCUUGCAAGGGCUUGACUGUCUCAGUGCUUUUACUUUCUUUUAUAGCGACUCUAAUCUCAGUGUCUCGACAAAAGCAUUAAAGAACCUGCAAUCAGUGGAGAACAAGAGACUCUUUCAAAGGGUAUUUUAGAGAAGUUUAUUUCCAAAUAGCUAGCAGAGUUUGUCUGAUUUUCCUAUUUACGUUUGAGUCCAUCAUUCGGGAAAGAAGUCUUCAAAGUGAAGUUUGCUGGUGCUCGAAAACAGUGAAAAUGGAUUCACUCUCUGCAAAGGAAAUGUCGUGUCCAAUUUGCUGUGAAAUCUUCAAGGCUCCCGUUCUUCUGUCAUGUAGUCACAGUUUCUGUAAAGAGUGUCUUCAACAGUUUUGGAGUAGCAGGAACACUAGGGAGUGUCCAGUCUGCAGGAGAAGGUCGUCACGAGAUGAUCCUCCAUGUAAUCUUGUGUUAAGAAACUUGUGCGAGUCCUUCGUGAAGAGGAGAAAUGAGAAGGGUUCAUCUGCAGGGUCCGAGGAGGUCUGCAGUUUACACAGUGAGAAACUCAAACUCUUCUGUCUGGAUGACAAACAGCCUGUGUGUUUAGUGUGUAGAGAUUCACAUAAACAUGUCAAGCACACAUUCAGACCCAUCAGUGAAGUUGUUUCAUCUUAUAAGGAGGAGCUGAGGUUAUUACAAGAGAAACUUAAACACAUGGAGAAAAUUAAAGGGGAGUGUGUGAAAACAAUUCAACACAUCAAGAGUCCAGAGCUCACAGCCGGAUACACACAUGGCAUCUGGAGCUUUGAUUCAUGUGGCGCGUUACUUAGGCAACCUGCCGUUCAGAGUCUGGAAGAAGGCGCAAAACAUUGUCCAAAACAUAUCCACAUCGGCACAGUGUCUCUGACAGUUGCUCACUCUCCUCAAACAUUGUGUUCAUCCACGCUGUGCCGUGUCAAGGCUCCUGUGAUUCUGGAUCCAAAUACAGCUCAUCCAGAUCUCCUCUUGUCUGAUGAUCUGACCAGUCUGAGAUGCAGUUCAAACAGUCAAACACUUCCUGACAAUCCAGAGAGAUUCGACGAGCAUUCCUGCGUUCUGGGUUCAGAGGGGUUUGACUCGGGGACACACUGCUGGGACGUGGAGGUUAAAGAGAGCUCGUCCUGGGCUCUGGGAGUAACUGCGGCAUCGAACCAGAGGAAGGGAUGCGAUUUCUUUGACACUGGUGUGUGGAGUGUGCAGUACAGACUGUUCGAAGAGUCUGGUUUUCCUGUGGAACAGAAGCUUGAGCGGGUGAGAGUUCAGCUGGACUUUGAAAGAGGAACGGUUUCAUUCUCCGAUUCUCUAUCUAACACACAUCUACACACGUUCACCACCAGCUUCACUGAGACCGUCUUCCCAUUCUUCUAUAGCUUUUCCCAUCUGAGGAUCUUACAGUUAAAUUGUUUGUAAAAGUUAUUGCUGUACAUCCACAGUUGACAGAAAUAAGACCGGUUUAGUAAUAUUUCCAUUAAAGGAGUAGUUCACUUAAAAAAAAAA